UGUGGAGGAAGACGAGGACGGCCUUCGGCGCGGCGCGGCGCCCUGCUCGGUCCAAAGCAGCUCCUGUGACCUGACGGAGGAAGAAGAGCCCCAUGCGUGGAGCGCGCAGCAGCAGAGGCAGAGGAGCCCCGCGGCGGCGGUGGCGCCCCGGCCAGCGCGGUGGAUGUAGCGGUGGAUUUACUUGCGGCCGAGGCAGUCGAGGCACUUGCGUCCCUCGGUUAUGUCGCCCAUGCCGGCGCCCACGCAGCGGCGGCCGCAGACGAGGCAGCGGUGGCGGAAGACGUGCACGUAUCGGCUGCAAGUGGCGCAAAGGUUGGAGUGCGGGAUGCCGACCCGGCGCAUCUGCCGGCCGCUUCUGCUGGCGUCGGCGCGCGCGGGAGGAGGGCGCAGGUGUUGUUGCUAUCCUGUCGUGCUGCUUCUGCAGGUGGCACGGGCCGAAGGAGGGGACGGAGACGGGGCAGAAGUACAUCAUCCCCGCGCCUGGCCGUGUCGUUGCCCACAGCCCCACAUCCGCGAACAAGGGCGCGCGGAAGUACAUCACCCCUGGUACGAGUACGCGCACCCGCAGCUCUGCGGGCUCAUGCUCUGCUCCAGCGGGCAUACCCUUGAGAAGCACUUCACCAGGCUCGUCGUUCCAGCCCACUCACCUCACCGUUGCUCAUGCUCUGCUCCGGCUCACUGGAACAACGAAGUGUGGAUGGGAGGGAACCGGUGCCGCUACAAAAGCCAAGGAAUUACCGUCAUGCCUUCCCAUACUUGUUGAUAGGAUGGGCAAUGAAAUAACACGACUCACAACUGUCAAGACAUUUGCGGUGAUUGCGGAUUCACCUCUUCGGAUUGAUCUGUCAUGCGUCCUGGACCAUGUCAUUUCUGAGCUCACAACUUUCCUUCGAAAGGCCAAUAGAGCACUCGGGCAGGCAACAUUGGGGACUCUAAAUUCUCUGGUUGUCACAUAUGGUGGUCAAAUUGGCUCGUCCUCUUAUGAAACGAUAAUAGCUGAACUUUCUACUCUCAUAAGUGACAUCGAUUUGCAUAUGGCUGCUCUUGCAUUGGAGCUGUGUUGCAUAAUAAUGGUUGACAGAAGAUCCAUUAAAAAUGUCGGUUUAGCUGUGAGACAUAAAGUUUUGCCUCAUGCCCUUAUUUUGAUCAGGAGUGCUUUGUUGCAAGGACAAGCACUACAGAAGUUUUUUGCUUCACUGGUCCAGUCUGCAAAUACAAGCUUUGAAACAUUGUUGGACUCCCAUAUUUCAACUGCCAAGCCAUCACAGUCAGGCGGUCUUUCCAAGCAGGCACUAUCCUCUAUUGCACAGUGUGUUGCUGUGCUAUGCUUAGCAGCUGGUGAUCAGAAAUGUGCAUCAACUGUUGAGAUGCUUAAAGGCAUUCUAAAUGAUGACAGUUCAACUAAUUCUCUCAGGCGCGCUCUGCUACUUUUUGGCAAGCUGGAACACUGCAUGGCGCAUGCAUGCCCUCAAUCGAUGAAGGAUUAGAAGCGCAUGCAUUGGCUGGCUGCAAGAGCAAGCUCGCGCCAUUUUUUGUCAGCUCGCGCCAUAUUGCUUUGCAGAGCAAGCUCGCGCCAUUUUUUUGCCAGCUCGCGCCAUGUUGCUUUGCAGAGCAGGUUCGCACCAUUUUUUUGAUUAUUAGCUUGCCCCAUGUACACUUCGCGCCAUCAUUGAAAAUUUGAAAAAGAACUUGGUGUCUCCAUUAUAAAUACAGGCAUGGUCUAAGCAUCCUCCAACUGCAAA